GUGGGAUACGCAAAAUGAAAGCAGCCCCAUGAAAGUGAUUGGAUCUUAUAAACCAAACCCAGGUCAACUGAUCAUCAAUGAGUCUCUAAUCAAAUGGAAUUCUCCAACAGAUUCGAAUGUGUGAACUGUUCCUUGCAGCAGUGGUCACCACAGAAGAGUUUUACCUGCUACGAUCGGGCUGUGAUUUACCUGCGGUGGGGCAGCAACAUUUCCAUCGCGCUGUCAGUGAUGGCCAGUGCUGGACUUUUAACAAUGGCUGGCAUUACUCUGGUCUUUGUUGUUUACCUCAACAGUCCAGUUGUCAAGGCAGCAGGAGGGAGGCAGUGUUUCUUAAUGCUGUUCACCUUGGCUUCUGGUUGCUGCAGUGUGUUCCUCUUCAUCGGAAAGCCAAAUGAGGUGACCUGCAGAGUGAGGUGGCCUCUCUUUACUGUGAGCUUCACAGUCUGUCUGGCAUGUAUUUUUGUCAGAUCCUUUCAAAUAGUCUGUAUAUUUAAAAUGGCCACCAAGUUGCCUAAAGCCUGUGAUUACUGGGUUAAAUAUAGCGGACAGUAUGUGUUUGUGUUUGCAAGUACAUCUAUUUCGGCCAUUGACUGUUUUGUGUGGAUGGUCCAAGCACCGGUAGUGACAGUAUCUAAUUAUAACCUUUCUCAAAAGGAAAUAUUCCCACUCUGCACUACUGACAACAAUAUCUCAAUUUUCCUGUCAGGCUUUCUGUACAAUGGGCUACUUGGUUGUCUCUGCUUUGUCUUUGCUUUCUUGGGAAAAGACUUGCCAAAGAAUUACAAUGAAGCGAAGUGUAUCUCCUUCAGCAUGGUACUGUACAUUGCCUCCUGGUCUUGCUGCAUUCUUGUCAUCGUCUCAGGCUUCCAGCAGUAUCUCCCCUUGGCCCAGGCUCUGGCUGCUCUGCUCAGCUUGUUUGGAAUCCUGGUUGCUUAUUUCCUCCCUAAGUGUUACAUUAUUCUGUUCAAACCUCAGUGCAACACAGCUGUAUUCUUCCAAAGUUGUAUCCAGGAUUACACCAAAAACAGAGAGGUCUAGAGUGAUGACGCUGUGGCUUUAAGGGGUGUGUUUUGUUCUGGUUUCUUUUAGAAAGAGAUUGGGGGAGAGGUAACGAACAGUCUAUGAGAAGGUAAACAACUUGUGAAGCCUUGGGGUUUUCUUAAUGUUGGAACAAUAGAGGCAGCCUGAAUGGGUGUGAUCUAACUCUCGCAGA